AGAGGGCGGCGGCGCGCGGGGUCGGCGUCAUGCCUGGGUUGUGGGAGCGGCUGGCGGGCGGCGAGCGGGGCAGCCUGGAGAGCUCCGACUGCGAGUCGUUGGGCAGCGCCUCCGGCUCGGAGGGAGACCCCGACCAGACCUCCCUGCCGGACCUGGAGCUGCUGCACGACCCCGAGGACGAGCUGCUGAGCGCCCGGCUGCUGGAGCUGGUGCAGGCCGCGCUGGGCAGCGCCCCGCUGGGCUCCCGCCGCCGCUCACGCCUCUUGAUGCCGGCCCAGCUCGCCUCCCAGCUGCGGAGCGAGCUGCUGCGCCUGGCCUGCAGCGAGCCGUGCGGGCUGCGGGGAGCCCUCCUCGACCUCUGCGUGGAGCACGGCAAGGCCUGCCACGACGUGGGGCGCAUCGCCGCGGACCCUGCCGUAGUGCCGACCUUCCAGCUCAUCCUGGUGCUGCGGCUGGACUCCCGCCUCUGGCCCAAGAUCCAGGGACUCCUCGCCUCGGCACCCGCCCUCAGCCCAGCCUUCGGCCAGUCCCUGAAGCUCAGCACGGGCUUCACGGUGAUGAAGAAGAAGCUGUACAGCUCCGAGCAGCUGCUGGUCGAGGAGUGCUGAUGGGAGAGCGCUGCCAGCCUGGAAAGCGAGGCGGCCCUCGGUGCCUGCCGUGCUGGCGCGGCCCGGGGUGUUGCCGUGGCCCCGCUGAUGGCCCCGUGCUCUGUGGACCCACAAGGAGGAUGGUGGCUGUGGCCGUGCCCCUGAGCUCGGCGGCAGGGUUGCUGUGGGGGCAGGCGGUCUCCUGCUGAUCAAUUUUGUUUUUUUUUUUUGUAUCAAUGAUUGUAAUCAAUGGGGUUUGUGGGGGAGGGUGUGCGUGUGUGUGUCGUGGGAGUGAGCGACGGCUGAGCUGAGCCCGGAUCACAAGAAACCCCACUGCUGGCAUCUGGCAGCUGCGUUGUGGGUCCUGGUGCGGCAGCGGGGGUCUGAAAUCAUGUGUGUCUUUGUCACGGGGAGAAGCCCGGUGUGUGAGUGGCACGGGGAUGGAGGGCAGGAUCCCUCCCUGAUAUGGCCCGUGUGCUUCAUUGAUUACAGUUACACUCAUACACUUGAUGUUCAAGUGCAAAACUUCCUAUGCAAUUGUGUCAUUUUUUUACUUUUCUAAUAAAACCUGACUCAGUGAUA